GGGGAGGGGUCUCCCUGGAGACUGGAGGUUGGGGCGCGCUGCCUCGCCCCCUAGCCCGGAGGGGCGUACCUGUGCGCCGAGAGCCCCCCAGCCCGUCUCCCCUUACCUCCUCGGCCCAGCGCCUACCUCCCCGAAUCGCGGCCUCUGGGAGCGGGGUUCGAUUCCGUGAUGCCGCGUGGGUGCCGGCCAGAGAAGGGUUCCGGGGGCCGGGACGGCCGGCGGGCGUGCGGUGAGCGCCCCGGGGCGGGGGCUGGGGCGGGACCGGGCGCUGCUAUCGGGACUGGAUUUCUCGACUUCCACCCGGAUUCUCCCUCGGCCCUCCCGGCCGAUUCGGUGCUGCUCGGCGACCACGUGACGCGGGCUGCCUUUGACCCCUAUCUCCGAGCGGGUAGGGGGCGGGGGCCGGAGGGGGUGUCAGAUGCAGGACCCACGAGGGCCGGGGCGGCUGCCUGGCGUCCCCGAGGUGGUGACCCCGGGAAACAAAGCCCGGGGGGAAACCAACAAGUUAUUCGGGGUCAGAGACGAAACAGCGCUGGGGGUCGGGAGAGGCGGCAGAGAGAAUGUGAGAGACAAAGACCCGCGCCCGCCGCGGCUCUGAGGGCCCUGGGAGCGCUCCAGCUAGGCUCGAGAGGGCCUCCAGGCUCUUACACCGCUGGGCUUGUGACAGCUCUCCAGGACCUCCUGGGACAGCUCCCGGACCACCAGUGCUCUGCCAGAGUGACCCCUCCUGGGCAGACCGUCCCUCCCCCAACACAUACCUUUGCCCUGACUCUCGAAAACCCAUUUAUCGUGAUUAUCUGGUUCAUUUACUGGUUUCAUUGUUUACUAGAAUGUCAUCUCUCCCAACAAGUUGUUCCCAGCAGAAUCCCCUCUCCUGGCACAAAACAAGCAGAUGAAGAGGUCUUCUGAGUUACUCUUCACUGAGCCGGGCCCAAAUCCUUCCAACUCGCUGUCACCCGGAGAGCCUAUAAGGAGGCGAGGCCCAGGCCCCACCCAGGGAGCUGGUUGCCACGGGUC